AUGUGAGUCAUUCAAAACGAAAACGGUUCGUUCGCGAUUCGCCCAUCAUUGGUGUCGUUUUUGUUUUUCCCACAGAGGCGAUAUGGCAACACCCGCCGCUGUUAAUCCAUCCGAGAUGGGCACAGAUCUGCCUGGCCCGGUAACCAUGGCAGGUUCUGUUGUGGGUUCAGGGCAGGUGAGAAUGGGGGGCAACAUGCCAGGACGAGGGGGCAAGAGGAGAUCAACGGGGAUGGACUUUGAUGAUGAAGAUGGAGAAGGGCCGAGCAAAUUUUCAAGGUAUGAUGAUGAUCAAAUGCCAGCUGAUAAAGAACGUUAUGCCAGAGAGAACCACAGUGAGAUUGAGCGACGCCGGCGUAAUAAAAUGACGCAGUACAUCACUGAGCUGUCGGACAUGGUGCCCACUUGCAGUGCGUUGGCCAGGAAACCCGACAAGCUCACCAUCCUGCGUAUGGCCGUGUCACACAUGAAGUCCAUGAGAGGAACUGGCAACACGUCCACUGAUGGAGCCUACAAACCCUCCUUCCUCACCGAGCAGGAGCUGAAGCACUUGAUCCUGGAGGCAGCUGAUGGCUUCCUGUUUGUGGUGGCAGCUGAGACAGGGCGUGUGAUCUACGUGUCGGACUCGGUGACCCCCGUUCUGAACCACCCUCAGUCCGAGUGGUUCGGCAGCACUCUGUACGAGCAGGUCCACCCGGAUGACGUGGACAAACUCCGCGAGCAGCUCAGCACCUCCGAGAACUCCAUGACUGGCCGGAUCCUGGACCUGAAGACGGGGACAGUGAAGAAGGAAGGACAGCAGUCCUCAAUGAGGAUGUGUAUGGGCUCCAGACGCUCCUUUAUCUGCAGAAUGAGGUGUGGCAGCGCGCCUCUGGAUCACAUCUCUCUCAACCGUCUGUCGAGCAUGAGGAAGAGAUACAGGAAUGGACUCGGGCCAUCAAAGGAAGGCGAGGCUCAGUAUUCAGUGGUGCACUGCACUGGCUACAUCAAGGCUUGGCCCCCUGCGGGCAUGACAAUCCCUGAAGAUGACUCAGAAGCAGGCCAGACCAGUAAAUACUGCCUGGUCGCAAUUGGAAGACUUCAGGUGACCAGUUCUCCAGUCUCCAUGGACAUGAACGGGCUGUCUGUUCCGACAGAGUUUCUUUCUCGUCACAACUCGGACGGCAUCAUCACCUUUGUGGAUCCCCGCUGCAUUAACGUGAUUGGCUACCAGCCGCAGGACUUGCUUGGUAAAGACAUUCUGGAGUUUUGUCAUCCUGAGGAUCAAAGCCACCUAAGGGAGAGCUUUCAACAGGUCGUGAAGCUGAAAGGUCAGGUCUUAUCAGUCAUGUACCGUUUCCGGAUGAAGAAUCGCGAGUGGAUGCUGAUCAGAACAAGCAGCUUCACCUUCCAGAAUCCAUACUCAGACGAGAUUGAGUACAUCAUCUGCACUAACACAAAUGUCAAGCAACUACAGCAACAGCAGCAGGCAGACCUGGAGGUUCAUCAGAGAGAUGGCCUGACAGCAUAUGAUCUCUCACAGGUGCCAGUGGGCAGCGUGCCAGGCAGCGUACACGAAGCAGGAAAGAGCAUUGACAAAACGGAGACGCUGUUCUCUCAGGAGAGAGAUCCACGUUUCAGUGACAUGUACACAGGCAUCUCUGGCUCGGAUAAGAAGAUGAUGGUGCCGUCAUCCACUGCAGGAGGACAACAGCUAUAUUCCCAGGGCAGUCCUUUCCAGCCAGGACACUCGGGCAAGAACUUCAGCUCCUCAGUGAUCCACGUUCCGGGAGUAAAUGACAUCCAAUCAUCUGCCGGUUCAGCGGGUCAGAAUUUGGCUCAAAUUUCCCGUCAGAUUAACUCCAGUCAGGUGCAGUGGUCAGGCAGCAGGCCACCAUUCUCCGGCCAGCAGCAGCUCCCAGCUCAGUCCAGUAAAGCUCAGUCUUCUCCGUUCGCCAUCGGCUCAAGCCACAGCUACCAGGCCGACCCGUCCUCUUACAGCCCGCUGUCCAGCCCAGCGACGUCCUCCCCCAGCGGCAAUGCCUACUCCAGUCUGACCAAUCGCAGCACUGCAUUCGAUGUUGCAGGUGAGGGCAGUCAGAGCGGCGCUCAGUUCCAGGGACGGCCGUCUGAGGUUUGGUCUCAGUGGCAGAGUCAGCAUCACAGCCAGCAGAGCGGAGAGCAACACACACACACUCAGCCCAGCCAGUCUGAGGUGUUCCAGGACAUGUUGCCUAUGACAGGAGACCCCACGCAAGGAACAGCCAACUACAACAUUGAAGAUUUCGCCGAUUUGGGCAUGUUCCCUCCAUUUUCUGAGUAACAGCAGACUAAAUUGCUUUCUGGGAACUUUUUAUUUUCUCUACUUUUCAUGAUCAUUAUCUCCAUCAUCAUCAAGAUCAAUCACUAAAACUGAUGGGAAAAGAAGCUUAAUACUGUGUUUCACUGCCACACUGCAUUUUGUGCAUCUCUGUUCCCGGGCUCUAAAACAAACAAACAAACAACUUCCUGUAAAAGUACACAAAGAAAAGGUCAUGUUUCUUUUUCAGUAAAUCUAUGAGCAAUCUAUCUUGUGUCUGAUUAUCUGGUACACACUAGACAUGUGCCGAUAUUUUCCUUAGAUAAAUGCAGUGAUAUUUCUUAAAUACAUUUACAAAUCCGUAAUUAUAUUCACAAAUCUGUAAGUGUAAAUAUAAUGGCCAACUUUAGAACUGUAACUACGCAGUUUUACAGUGUUCACAUUGCUAUUACAAAGCUCAGUUACGUACUUACAAUUUCAAGCUACAUUUUCAAGUUAGUGGUUACACAGUCAAAGCAAAAAUCGAGGGUCAGGAUCAAGUGAUGGCUAGAGAUAACUGAAGGGGCGGAGCUAAGUGGAUGCAGAUAGUUGUGGGGGUGGAGCUAAGUGGAUGCUGCAGAUAGCUGUGGGGGCGGAGCUAAGUGGAUGCUGCAGAUAGCUGUGGGGACGGGCCUGAAACUAAACAUUCUGUGAGCUAUAGCUAGUGUGUAGUAAAGUUUAAUUAAUUACUUUCAUGCACAAUGACUUUUGACAGUAAAUUACUCUAUACAAUAAGUAACUGUUAUGGUUUUUAAUGUUAUCCUGUAUUGUAUUUUUGGGGGGUAAAAUCUACUUCUAUGUCUGUUUAUUUCAUUGGAUGAAAAAGGAGCCUUAAAUCCGGUCCGGUCCGUUUAACGCCCCAAUGGCUGUCAACGAGUGUUCACACCCGGGCGUAAAACAAGUGGCGUCAAAGUGUCAAUUUUUAACAUCAAGGGGUUCGUUUUUGUUUUUGACGUGCCGCGCCAAAAACUGGUAGACCAAUGAGAUUCGCGCUUUUGUUCACGUGCCUGCAACCGCUGAACUUACGAAAAAGUACGAAUUGAUGGCAAUCAAGUACAAAACUGUCUUACUGAUGAAGAAGAAGCCGAAAAAGAAGAUGCCAGCAUCCACCAUUUUAGUGAGAGUACAUAAAUGACAGACCCGAAAUAAAAUACUAAUAACUCACUGCUAAUAAAUCCUUCUGCCUACACACAUAAACAAGGUGUCCUCUAAAAGCACCAGAUUCAAAAAGAAACACUUCCCAUAAAUAUGUGAAUGCUAUUGCUGUGAUUUUUAUAUAAUUCAAAUCAUUACUUAUUCAAAUCAUUACUUAAAGAGUAUGCUGUUUAAAAUGAGAUCUUUACGGAUUUAGAUUUAAAGAAGUAUUUGUUGCAGUGACCUAAUCACCAAAUACCUCACAUUACAUCACAAAAGUGCAUACCUGCUUUAGCGUGUUCGCAAAAAGUGUGUGAACGGCUUAAAGACGUAAAUACUGUCUCUCUUCUUCUUCUCAGUGAUGAGCGGGUGUCAGAAACGGAAAGUUGAGCAGCGCCACCUCGUGUACCAAUAAGCGCCAUCUACUGUCAGGGAGUGAAUUUGCACUUUCAUUCACCACGUCGUCCGCAUUUAACACCUGGGUGUGAACACAAAAAUACACGUCGAAGAACGUCCCGGUGUGAACAGGACCUUUAAGUCAUGAUUUUGUGCUGUUGACACAGGAAGUCAAGCACAAGGUACAGUUGCCAAGUGCUCGCUGCUCAUGUGAGAAGACUGUUACUAGGAAACCAGCUAAUAUAGACACCAGCUAAUGGCUGAGGUUGACCAUUUAGGAAAAAAAAUACAAAACCAUUGGGAGUGUUAAAAAAAUUGUUGUCAGAUGUGUUGGUUAAUUACUGAGAAUAAACACAAAAAGGCAUCAAUUUAGUUAGGUAUUGACUACUAACUGUCAUCAGUGACAUCACAAGACUUGGUCGUUCAUACGCAAGCAUGAGCCAAGUGUAGGGAUGCAUCAAUACAGUUUUUUUUUUCUUCAGACUGAGUAUGAGUACAGUGUAUUUUGGUACUCUUUGAUACUGAGACCGAUAUGACAAAGCUUAAGUAUUGUUCAAUUCAAUGAUGGAGCAUAUUAUUUAGCACUUCCUUGGUUUAUAUAGUGGCCAUAAAAAGCACACACGUGUGUUCAUGCACUUACACUACUGGGCUCAUUCUUUAUGAGGUUUGCACGUUGAUUUUAAUUGAAGGACUUUAGCUAGCUACAGUAUUUACUUCAGAUCGAGUAAUGUUGCAGUGGCUAACAGCAGGUUUUGUUUCACUUUGGAAAAGCACUUUUGUAUAGUAAGUAAAGUCCCUUUUUUUUUCAUUGCGUCUGAAUCUUUCGUCCUUAGUGAAGAUAAUGGCCAAUUAUCAAGAACAUACUGGGUAAGAGCUGUUAUGCUGCGUUCACCUUACCUCAUAAGUUAGUCACAUGCUUUUUGAGCUCAGCACAUUCAACACACAAAGUGAGGGGAAAAAAACAUGGAUGCCUCCAUGUUUGUCUUUUGUUAGCAACAAGCUAACCAGCUAACUAUGAUGAGUGAUAACCCUAACUCUUUCCUCCUCGAACAGCGAAUUUUAUAGUCAACUUUAAGGAUUUAAAUGGAUAUAUCUGUAUGUCGAUCGAUCUGAAGCAAAUACUUGUAUACACGGCAUAUCUGUGUGGAGCCGUGUCGAUUUGACAUCACUCCAUAAACCUGGAAGGAGCUCAUAGUUGAGAAGACAACCCCAAGUUAACAAUUAGAAAUUUCAUGUUUGGGGGGGGUUGGAGUUUUAUUUUUAAGAUGUUUUAUCAGCUUACAUGUAUUGUCGGAAGAUGCUGUGGUAGCUCCUUGAUAUUUUUGCAGAGCACAGUUUGUAGUCUGCUUUGCUUUGAAUGGCAUUGUUAAUCCGGAAAUACUUCCAGAUCGCUGUCAGUUCAUAUUGUCUGUUUAUUUGUGCGACAACAUGCACCAGCCUUACGUCACGUAGCAUCACAUGGUAUCUGUCUUUAAUGUCAGAUAUUUUUUAAGAGUAUGAGUAAGUGAGCAUGGUAUCAGACUGGUACCAGUAUCACUACUGAUGCAUCCCUAGUCCAGUGGUUUAAAAUCUUUCUAUUUGGUGAAUAUAAAGAAGGACAUUUACAUUAUUUGGCAGAAGUCCUUAUCGGAGUAACUUACAAUUUUCUCAGUUAUACAACUGAGCAGUUGAUGGUUAAGGGCCUUGCUCAGGGGCCCAGCAGUGGCAGGCUUGGAAGUGCUGGGACCUGAACUCACGACCUUCUGAGCUACCACUGCCCGGCAUCUGAAGCUACCAUCAAACAUGGGGAAAAUAUUCAACCUUAGACAGGUCCUGUACAUUUGCUGUCUUCUAGGGACAGUAUUUAUCUCUACAGUGCAAACGCCACCAAAAACAGCCUCCUCCCAAUUGUAACUGUGUAAUAAUAUAGUGCGAACAACACAGAUGAUCACAAUAUAUAUCACCCGCUCAGUUAUCGGCACAUGCCUAGUAUACGAGACAGAAGGCUUAAUGAGAUGUCAGUAUGAGAGUCUCUGCUGUAAUAUCAUGUACAAUAAGUAUUUUCAGUGUUUCCUGUGAUGAAUUCUACACUGCACCAGCAUUAUGCUUAGUGUGGCAUAUAUAGUCUAUAUGUAGUGAUGUCCAUAAUAUAGAUGAUCUAAUAAUAGUCGUAGAUGGUUAUGUAAACAAAGUGUUCCAUUUUGAACGUCAAAUUCAAUGCUUUUAUUUUUCCUUUCUUUUUUUUUUUGAACCUGUUAAACAUUCAAGUGCUCUUCAUCAGCAGCCUCAGUGCAGGAAAUCAGCAUUGCGUGUACAGCGUGUAUCAUAGUCUUCGUGGCUGAAGCGAUUCUUUGUGACCUUUACUUUUUAAACUAACAGAUAUUUUAUGGUUUCAAUCUUUUACACAAAGAGUGUAACACAACUGAAUGAAGGACUGAUGUGGGGGAAAAAAAACCUUUUGCUAAAUGAAAAUUGGUGUUUUUAUGUAAAUACUGUGAUUUUUACGUCUGUUCACAUACACAGCUCCAUGCGUGCUCGUGUAGGUUUUAAUAUCAUUAUGUGCAAUGUUCGUGCGUAUUUAACUCUCGGUAUUUAGUUAGCCUGGUUAUUGUACAACGAGUUUAGACUUGUAUAAACUGUGUAAAUGUGUCCCGUUCAUUUUUGUGACAACAAAUUGUGCUUGUGAUAAUAAAUUCUCAUUGACUAUGUGGAUUUCAA